UCGGAGGAGAGAUGGAAGUGCAGAGAAAGGCAAAUGGAAGGUAAAUAGAAGAUCAGACCAGAGAAAGAGAUUGUGAACUGGAUCUCGAUGGAUGUACGUCAGAUUCGGCAGCCGUUGUUGUUGUUGUUGUUUAUGGUUUUUGGGUACGCCGAGGCAGAAACUGGGACGGUAAACAAAACAAAGGUGAGGAGGUUAAGGAGCCUGCGGGAUAGCAGACCUGCGGCAGAAAGAGCCAGCGGCAGCCCUACAGCACGUGAUAAGAAAGUAAACUGCGUAGACGAUUGGGUUUACAAUUUGCACCGGAAGCAGCCUAGCGCGGGUGAUGACGCACGGCGUCAGUGUACGAAUGGCGAGGAGCCGUGAUGUCACCGUGCAUCAUUGACCCUGGCUCAUCCCGCGGUUGUCACAGCAACGGCUCUGUGUCGGGCACAGAGCGGCUCCUGCACGUAGCUGGGAUGGUGAAGAAGUGGAGGAGAGUAGUAGUAAGAUGAUGUGGACUAUACAAAAAUAUAAUACAACAAA